CGACUGCUGACAUGGCUGCUCCCAUUGAAUUUAUUCGGCGAAUAGGGCCUUGGACAUACAUUUUCUUCCUUUUGGGAGUUUUCAUACCUUCAGGAACCGCACUGAUCGACGGACUAUACUGCGGUAAAGAGAUCUGCUACGAUGUGCUCGGGGUUACAAGGGAAGCGACCAAAGCGGAGAUCGCCCGUGCCUACAGACAGCUGGCCAGAAAGUAUCACCCCGAUAGAUUCCGGGUCGGGGACCCAGGGCUUGCAGAGGAGACCCCAGAAAGUGCACAGCAAAAAUUUCUGCUUGUUGUAACUGCUUACGAAACGCUCAGAGAUGAAGAGUCUCGAAAAGAUUAUGACUACAUGUUGGAUCACCCUGAGCAGUACUACAGCCACUAUUAUGCCUACUACAGGAGGAGGCUGGCGCCUAAAGUGGACGUCAGGAUAGUCAUUCUUGUAACUGUGUGCGCUAUAUCAGUUUUCCAGUACUACAGCUGGUGGAGCAGUUACAACGAAGCCAUUAACUACCUAUCGACUGUGCCAAAGUACCGCAUCCAGGCCACGGAGAUAGCCAAGCAGCAGGGCCUGCUGAACAGGACUAAAGAAAAGGGCAAGAACCGGCGCUCCAAGGAAGAGAUUCGGGAGGAAGAGGAGGAGAUCAUCCGCGACAUCAUAAAGAACAAGAUCGACAUCAAGGGCGGCUACCAGAAGCCCAACCUCUCUGACAUCUUGCUGUGCAAGAUCAUACUGUCCCCUUACUACCUGUGCGCCUAUGUGGUAUGGUACUGCUCCUGGGUCUACAGGUUCACCAUCUGCCGGGAGGAGUACGGAGAGGAGGAGAAGCUGUACAUCAUCCGCAGGUACAUGAAGAUGUCCCAGUCGCAGUUUGACAGCCUGGAGGACCACCAGAAGGAGACCUUCCUGGAGAAGCAACUUUGGAUAAAGGAGAACUAUGACGUAUACAAAGAGGAGCAGGAGGAGGAAAUGAAGAUGAAGAUGGCGAUGGAUCCCAGAUGGAAGAGAUACCGCCGAUGGAUGAAGAACGAGGGGCCUGGCCGUCUCACUUUCAUCGAUGACUGACCGGAUACAGACCCUGCAUCCGUGCCAAUUUAUACACAUAUCCACAUGCUUGUGUGCUUGUGCACAUCUACAGUGGCCAGAUCUAUUCAUACCCCUGAUUAACUGUUACAAAAGACUCAUUUACCAAAAGAGCACAGUCAGUAUUUUAUUUAUUUUUUUUGCAAUAACAAAUGAAAAUGUGUAAAAUUUUAAUACUUUCAAUACUUAACAGGGCAACAGAAUAUGCUUUAUGUUGCCCCCCUCCCAAAAAACAAUGAUCAAAUUUAUUUACACUCCCAAGCAGCAGUCUGACUUGAUUUGGAUAAGUUGUCUUCUGUGGCCUUUUAUGGAGCUGAGGCAAUAAUCAUUGCAUAAAAGACUAGAGAGAGCAACUUACCAGAGUCAUCCCAGUCAAAUAACAAUGAAACUACUGACUGAAAAUGAAAAUUUUUGCUAUCAGAAUUUUACCAGAUCCUUCAGAUUUCUUGGUUUUUGGUUAUGGAUAGCUGUUUUAGUAUUUGAACUGCAGAUAUGCGGUUAGGUUGCAAUUACGGUGUUGUAGUGGCCAGUCCAGGAUAUUGACCUCCAGUAAUUACUCUUGAGUUCGAGUUUCCUCAUAGCAUGUUGUGGUAAAAAUGCUUCUGUACCUUUUCUUUGCAAAUUAGGGACUGUUAAUAAGUUUGGACUUCUUGAUAAAGCAAACUGGUAGGUUCAUCUUAUUGUGAACUUUCUUACUGCCAGCACCAAACUUGUGGAGGUCAGUAACCCUGAAAUAUCAGAGUCUCC